UCCACGCUGUGAGUACGCAGCGCCUGCACAGAUCGCUCCGAUUUGGAACUAAAGACCACAUUGCAUGAACCCCUGCAUACCUUUACUGCAGUUUUCUCGGCCGUGAAAGACCCUCACUUUUCCGCUGUGGCUGUUUUCCAGCAGAUACCCAGAUCCCGAAAACUGGAAGCCCCGAAAGCUGGACCUGUGUAGAGAGAAGCUGCGGGAGUGGUCUGGAAACUUUUUGCCAUCAUGAGCACGCGAACGGUCAACCUUGAUACCUACAGCCUGUCGCUGCUCACGGCCAAAGAAGACAUCCUCAACCCCCGCUCCUCCACCAACUGGGCAUUAUUUGCAUAUGAUGGAGUGACCAACAAGCUCAAACUGGCUGACUCAGGAGCGGGUGGUGUGGCAGAGCUGGCUGGGAAGUUUCACAUAUCCAAGCCGCAGUAUGGAUUGUGCAAAGUGGGAAGUGGGGAGACAGGAGGCCUCCGGAUUGCUAUGAUCAGCUGGGUUGGCCCAAAUGUGGAUGACUACCGCAGGACAGAAUGUGCCAGCCACGUUCCAGCCAUCAAGAGCUUCUUCAAGGAAGCACACGUGUUCAUUAGUGCAGAGAAGGCGGAGGAUGUGACAGAGGAGAAGAUAAGAGCAGAGCUCAGCAAGGCCCAUGCCCAUGCUCCUGCACAGUGGGUGAGGAGGAGCUCCAGGUCUGCUGACAAGGAGGAGUUAGUGGGGACAAACUACAGAAAAACCAAUGCUGCAAUGGAGAUGAGACGAAUUAACAGAGACUCCUUCUGGGCACGUGCAGAGCGUGAAGAGGAAGAAAGGAAAGAUGAGGAGAGGAGACGAGCAGCAGAGGAGAGACGGCGCCUUGAAAGAGAAAGAAUUAUGAAGGAAAGAAGGGACGCAGAAGAGAGAGACAGAAAGAUGAACGAGAAACUACAGAUGAUUGAGGAGCAGAGAAGAAAACAGGCAGAACAAGAAGAAGAGCUGCGCAGAAAGGAGAAAGUAAAAUGGGAGCAGCAGCAGAGGGAGCAUGAGGAUGAUAUGAGGGCUCGUCUUAGAAGGAGCGAGUCCAUAGAGAAAGCAGCAGAGGCAGCAGCAUUAGUGUCCCAACGAUCCAUGAACCCGAGGGAGUUCUUCAGGCAGCUGUCAUCGUCAUCAUCACAAAGUCCCACCAGCCCUGGAUCCUCCCGCACUGGCAAACCAUUCAGACGAUACCAGCGCAGCCUGACAGACACAGCUUUUAUCUUCUCUAAGGCAGAAGAGAGCAGGGCGUCCUCCCCUCGCAGUUCUCCACUGGUCUCCCCCUUCUCCCGGCUUCCUCCCUCACCCAUCUACCGUGCCAUGUCUCCCCCCAUGAGCCCUGAUUUCCGCCCUGUCACCUCUCCACAAAGGCCCAGAGCACCCAUGUCGCCGCCCACAUCACCUCUUCGCCCUGCCCCUCCAAUUUCAGCCCUGCCCAGUGUUCCUCAGACUAACAGCCAAGCUCAGGCUGUUGAUGAGCCCAAACCUCCAUCACCUACAGAACCUUCAGCGCCUCCGGCCUCCCCUAGCCUCUUGGCUUUCUUGUCCCCCAGUUUAGUACAGAACAACUCCUCUCAGUCACACCCAGAGGCCCCACCCCCAAAUACCCCGACCCAGCCAGAGCACUCAGCUUUCUGCUUUGAGCCUGGUCUACCUCCACAGGCUCCAACUGCACCGCUUCCUGAGAGACCACAGCCAAAUACAGACCUCAACACAGCCACUCACGUGCACACUGAGCUGGUCUCAGACAUUAGCUACAAAGUACAAGCUGUACUGGUGGAGGAGGACGAGGAAGAGGAUGUAGAAGAGCACGAGGAAGAUAAGGGGGUAACACAACCAGAGCCAUGUGCUGUUACCACAGAACCAGUCCAGACUGAGGCAGAGGAGCAAGAGCAAGAGGAGGAGGGAGAGGAGAAGCAGGAGGAAGAAAAGGAGGAAGAGGAGGAGGUUUUAAAACAGGAAGCUGAGCCUGCAUCACAGGAGGAGCCAGUGGAGGUGGUGCAGGAGGAAGAUGAGACAAAGACAGAUGGAGAAGAGAAUGACCAAUCAGAAGACAGUCAGGGCGCUGCUGAGCCUGCUGAGCCUUCAGAGAAAGAAGAAGAGUCAGCAGUCAUAGAUGCCGAGCCAGUUUUUCAAGAAAUCAAACACGAGGCCGUCAUCCCGUCAACCAAUGGGAUUACGAAUGGAGAGGACACACAGGAACAGAAUGGCAUAGAGCGAUCUUUGAGUCCGUCUGACACAGAGCUCAGCUCACCGGAGCUGGCUGUGUGCUAUGAUUUUCAGGAGGAGGAUGACAUCACAGAGGAUAAGGAACAGGAGAUCUCAGAAAACGGACAAGAGGUUUUAGCUGAGCGACAAAUGUGCGUCCGAGCUCUGUAUGACUACCAAGCAGAGGACGAAUCUGAGAUCUCCUUUGAACCCGGUGACAUCAUCAGAGACGUGGAAACGGUGGACAAAGCCUGGUGGAGGGGUUGGAGCAAAGAUGGCCGUCAAGGCCUGUUCCCUGCCAAUUAUGUGGAGACCAUAUAGACAGACAGACACACUAGCGCACAUACACACACAGGCACACACACAAACACACAUACACACACAAGAGACAUACACUAGCACACACACUCAGGGACACCAUCUCCCCUUACGUUAAUGCAUGUUUUUACCUUAAUCCUCCCACUGAAUCUUUGUACUCUCUAUUUUGUAGAAAGGAUAAAGAAAAAAAUGUGACUCUCUGUUUUGAUGUUUUUGAAGAAAACAAAAUAUUCUCACAAGUAUGCAGAAAUUACCCAGCCUCAUUUUCCUGGAUAAAAUAGCAAAGACCUUUUUCCUGGACCAAAAUAACUUAUUUCCUUUUGAGAUACAGUAGGAAUGUUGGUGGGAGGGAUCAGAUCAUGAUGACAAAUGAUCACAAACUUGCUUUUCUUGUAAGAAACACAAACAGAUUUUUAUAGUGUAUAGUCCUCUUUUUGAUCCACACAUAUAACAAGCAUUCCAUUCUGCUCACCGUUUGCUUUGUGUGUUACAUUGCUAAAAAAAAUAAUUUACUGCUCUUGACUGGUAUACUGCUAUAUAAUCAAGAUUCAUGUAUCAGACAUCAUCUUAUAAUCAUCUUCCUGUAUUUUCUGAGUUGUUCUGUAGCUGUGUAUUUGUUACUGACAGUCUCACAGCACAUUUUAAUUACCCAAACCAGAACAGCAGCAUAACUAAAGAUAAACAAGCAAAGGAAAAAGGCAUUGCAUUGACACCUGUAUUUCUCUCUCAUUAUCACUCUUUGGAUGGGCUGUAGCCUAUUUUGUUCAUAUGGUGACAAAUCUCCAUAGAUUUUUUGACUCUUUCUCAUCUUAAUUUUUCCUAGAUUUGAAGAAAUUAAAACACUGUGUCCACACACAGAUGAUACAAAAAUUUUUUUUUUUAAGUUUUAAUCUUCUGUAAUGUCUUAAUUCUCUACGCUGUAUAUAAGAAUGUAUAAAAAAAAAAAGUCAAAGAUUUUCUCUUUUUCUAUACUUGGCUUGUAUGUUUGUAUGUUGUAUGCUUGUUUGAUGGUAUAUAUGUUCUUUGUAUUUACUCCAAACUUACAAAUAUAUAGCUUCUACAAA